CAGAAGGGCCUGAUCAUGGUAAUAAUGUUGAAGAAUCUGCAUGUGAGCUAUCUGGUAUGUUUUACUUGGCAGGAAAUGUUGCUUCCCUAAGUACAUGUUACCAUGGCGAUGACUGCAGGGACUACAACAUCCUUUCCCAUGAGUAACCACACCCGGGAGAGAGUGACGGUGGCCAAACUUACACUGGAGAACUUCUACAGCAACUUAAUUAUACAGCACGAGGAGAGGGAGACCAGGCAGAAAAAGCUGGAGGUGGCUAUGGAAGAGGAAGGCCUUGCAGAUGAGGAGAAAAAGCUUCGCAGGUCCCAACAUGCUCGCAAGGAAACAGAGUUUCUGCGGCUCAAGAGGACUCGGCUUGGCCUGGAUGACUUUGAGUCUUUGAAAGUGAUAGGAAGAGGAGCAUUUGGGGAGGUACGCCUCGUUCAGAAGAAGGAUACAGGUCACAUUUAUGCAAUGAAGAUCCUAAGGAAAGCAGAUAUGCUGGAGAAAGAACAGGUGGCUCAUAUCCGAGCAGAGAGAGAUAUUUUGGUGGAAGCAGAUGGAGCCUGGGUAGUGAAAAUGUUUUACAGCUUUCAGGAUAAAAGGAAUCUUUACCUGAUCAUGGAGUUCUUACCUGGAGGUGACAUGAUGACCUUACUGAUGAAGAAAGAUACCUUGUCAGAGGAGGAGACACAGUUCUACAUUUCAGAAACAGUGUUGGCCAUAGAUGCCAUUCACCAGCUGGGAUUUAUUCACAGGGAUAUUAAACCAGAUAACCUUCUGCUGGAUGCUAAGGGUCAUGUCAAGCUCUCUGAUUUUGGGCUCUGCACGGGUUUAAAGAAAGCUCACAGAACAGAGUUCUACAGGAACCUUACACACAACCCCCCAAGUGACUUCUCAUUUCAGAAUAUGAACUCCAAGAGGAAAGCAGAAACAUGGAAGAAGAACAGGAGACAGCUGGCAUAUUCUACUGUUGGAACCCCAGACUACAUUGCACCUGAGGUGUUCAUGCAGACUGGCUACAACAAGCUGUGUGACUGGUGGUCUUUGGGAGUGAUUAUGUAUGAAAUGCUAAUAGGGUAUCCACCUUUCUGCUCAGAAACACCACAAGAGACUUACAGGAAGGUUAUGAACUGGAAAGAAACGUUGGUAUUCCCUCCAGAGGUUCCCAUUUCAGAGAAAGCCAAGGAUUUAAUCCUAAGGUUUUGUAUCGACUCUGAAAAUCGAAUUGGUAGCAAUGGAGUAGAGGAAAUCAAGAGUCAUCCCUUUUUUGAAGGAGUAGACUGGGGACAUAUCAGGGAAAGACCAGCUGCAAUUCCUAUAGAAAUCAAAAGUAUUGAUGAUACUUCCAACUUCGAUGAAUUUCCUGAGUCUGAUAUUUUACAGCCAGUGCCAAACACAACGGAACCCGACUACAAAUCCAAAGACUGGGUGUUCCUCAAUUACACCUACAAGAGGUUUGAAGGGCUCACACAGCGUGGCUCCAUCCCCUCCUACAUGAAAGCUGGGAAGUUGUGA